AUGAGUCAACCUCCAGGAUUCAUUGAUCCCAAGCAUCCAAAACAUGUUUGUCUUCUUAAAAAGGCAUUGUAUGGGCUAAAACAGGCACCCAGGGCCUGGUUUGACAGGUUUAGCCUCUAUCUGCUUCAUCUUGGUUUUAAAUGCAGCAAGGCAGACUCAUCCUUGUUUAUUCUUCAAUGCAAGAGAGGGACUAUUCUACUCCUUCUAUAUGUAGAUGACAUAAUCAUUACAGGAAGCUCAGAUGAACUCAUCACAGAUAUCCUUACUAGUCUUGCAAAGGAAUUUUCCAUGAAAGAUCUUGGUUCAUUACAAUUUUUUCUGGGAACUGAAGUACAAUAUUUCAAAGGAGGAAUUCAUCGAAGUCAAAGGAAGUAUGCUGCAGAACUACUCAAGAAAACUGAUAUGGCCCUUGCAAAAUCAGUUAGUACACCAUUGGCGCAAAAAUAUGGUUUGCAACUGAGCACAGGCAACUUGGUUGAUGCAUCCUCUUAUAGAAGCAUUGUGGGAAGCCUGCAAUAUCUUACACUAACUAGGCCUGAUUUAUCACAUGCAGUGAACUUACCUGUAAAGAGGAUUCUCAUAUAUGUGAAAGGAACAUCUCACUGUGGGCUAAGAUUGCUUGCUAGAUCACCUUUCAAGCUUUAUGGUUUCUCAGAUGCAGACUGGGGUGGAUGUACAACAACAAGGAGAUCAACCACAGGGUAUUCAAUAUAUCUAGGUGCAAAUUGUGUGUCUUGGGCUUCAAAGAAACAACAUACAGUGUCAAGAUCCAGUGCUGAAGCAGAAUACAGAGCACUUGCUUCAAUAACAGCUGAAAUAACCUGGAUAGCUUACAUUCUAAGGGAUAUAGGUGUAUACUUAAAAUUAGCACCAACACUGUUUUGUGAUAAAAUUAGUGCACUAUACAUGACUGUCAAUCCUAUUUUACAUGCCAGAACCAAACACGUGGAAAUGGUUUAUCACUUUGUAAGAGAGAAAGUAGCUAGAGGACAGCUUGUGACACACUUUGUGCGAUCAAAGGAUCAAUUGGCAGAUAUACAUACCAAAGCAUUGACAAAACAGGAGUUUGCAAAAUUCAGAAGCAAGCUCGGAGUAUGUGUUCCACCUCCACACUAG